AACUCUAUAAGCGACAAAGAAAGCGUAUUGAAAAGAAUUCAAUAUAUAUGAAUCAUGUCUGAACAACCAACUAUCCGCCUGGCUACCGAAGAGGAUGUUCCAUACAUCCUCCAAUUCAUUCGCGAACUCGCCGAGUACGAGAAUGCAUUGGAUCAAGUCGAAGCAACAGAGGAAUCUUUACUAGCUACCCUCUCUUUUCCUAAUGAUUCCACCGCCACCAAGUCACAGAAAAGGGGAUCUACAUACACCGCCCUCGUUUUCCCACCCGGCUCAAAAGUGCCGGUAGGAAUGGCUCUGUAUUUCUACAAUUACUCUACCUGGCGUUCUGCACCGGGCAUCUACCUUGAAGAUCUAUACGUGCAACCUGCCGCUAGAGGGAAAGGUUAUGGUUUAGCGUUGUUUAGGUAUUUGGCAAAAGAGGUUGUGUAUGAGAUUAAGGGGAAGAGGUUGGAGUGGUCUGUACUCAAAUGGAAUGAGCCAAGUAUCAAAUUCUACAAGGCAUUGGGGGCAAGGGAGAUGGUGGAGUGGGAGAAGAUGAUGCUUGAUGGAGAGGGGUUGCUUAAUUUGGCGGAUGGCGGGAAGUAAAUUGCACUGAAUUGAAUUGUUUUGGAAUAUAUGUUCUGUAUAGGUCUCUUAGAAGAAAAAGGCUAUUAUUGUGUUUGA